AUGGCCGACGACGAAGGCGAACGUCUUGACUGGGGCAACGAUGAUGACGAAGGACAGCAUCCCCCCGAGCACUCAGGGUUCGCAGAUGAGGACGCAGAAGAUGCCGUGUCCCUAGGCGGCGACGACGAAGACGAGCGCGAGUUUUACGCCACGCACGCCGUUGAACACCCCUCCACUUCACAUUCCAAGCCCUCAUCCGCCGUCGCUCAGCCCCCAAGACGCGAACCCUCGCGCCAAUCCGCCACACUCUCUCGGACGCCCUCUCGAGCGCGCGCCUCGCGUUCCCCGACCAGGGAGCCACGACCCCCAACUUCUGCAGGCAAGCCCUCUGUUGUUCCCCCCAUCAUCCAUGCUCUUCCCGCCAAACCCGUCUUCGUCCCGCCCUUGUACGAGAACCCCUCUGAGCCGGGCAUCCUGGCCAGUGCGUGGAUCCACAGGCACAAGACUAAUGGCUCCAACUCGGCGACGCCAGGUCUAGGAGCUGGCGACGUUCUUCCUCCUGACUGGGAACCUGUCCUUAUGAAGGAAACAGGAGAGGUCUACUACUACAACGUGAAGACCCAGGCAAAGCAGUGGGAGAGGCCCGUGUUUCCUCCCUCCGGUCUGUCCUCUCCAAAGAAGACCCGCGAGAACGCGUGGCGGCGAGCCCUUCUACUCCACGGCCUCCUACCAGCAACCCCGGUCCCGUUCGCCAUCCGGUGCCAAUACCAGGCGUAG